AUGUUUCCAUCCGUUCGCGUCAAAGUGCGGAAUCUGGACCCAUGCCAGCAGUAUUACAUCGCAAUGGACGUCAUGCCGGUCGACUCAAAACGUUAUAGGUAUGUUUACCACAGCUCGCAGUGGAUGGUGGCGGGAAACACCGACCAUUCUUGCAUCUCACCAAGGCUCUACGUGCACGCAGACUCGCCGUGCGCGGGAGAGACGUGGAUGCGUCAGGUGAUCAGCUUUGACCGGGUGAAACUCACCAACAACGAGAUGGACGACAAGGGACAUAUAAUUCUACAGUCCAUGCAUAAGUACAAGCCACGUGUGCACAUCAUCCAACAUGACCCUAGGAUGGACUUGUCCCAGAUCCAGUCGCUGCCCGCUGAGGGAGUGUUCAGCUUCUCCUUCCCAGAAACCGAGUUCACCACCGUCACAGCCUAUCAGAAUCAACAGAUCACAAAACUGAAGAUCGACAGGAACCCGUUUGCCAAGGGCUUCAGGGAUCCAGGAAGGAAUAGAGGAGUGUUGGAUGGUUUGCUGGAGUCUUACCCAUGGAGGUCCCCUCUCAGCUUGGACUUCAAGCCAUUUGCCAUCCAGCUUCAAGGGAGCUUGGGGUCCCCAACCAGCACCGCCUCCCCGCUGAAGAGUCUCCUGCCCCUCUCAACUUCAUCAUCAUUUCUUUCGCUCUCCUGCCAGGACACCGCUCUUCACACUCUUGCACUUCCUUUCUAUGGAAAAACUACGACCAGCCCCACAUUGGCUAGCAGAGCCUUUUCCGCCGUGGGAGCCGAGAGACUCAGAGAUAUGCCGUCAGUGUCUCCGCUUACAGAUCCCCCACUCUUCUCUAUGCUGCAGGGAAAGAAACCUUCCAACUGUCGUGAUCCAGGUCUUUCUCAAUCGAGCCCCCCGUGCUUGAUACCCAUCCCAAGCCCUCAAGGAUCUGCUUCCUCGUUAAUGCCUCACCUCUCACAAAGUCCUGGCCCAUAUUGUCUUUACCACUAUAGCUUCCCAUUGAACCCUCAACUUGCAACUGUUUCCCGACACACCAAACUAGCUGAAGACAACGCAGAGGCCCUACUGCGGCAAUCUUCAUGGCAUCUGGCCAGCAACCGUCGUCUCUGACCAUCUUCAGCCCAAGGAGAGUAACAAGCACAGCGUGCUACAGCUUUCUGGAGGGGAAACAUCAGAAGGAGUUAAAACAGAGCCGUCACUGAAGGGAUUAUUUGUAUUUAAGAAAUAUUUUGAUCGCUGUGUCUGCGG